UUUGGCUUAUGUCUUACACAGAAAAACAGGGUCAUGGAGAGAGAAGCAGAAUCUCUGUAUUUCUCUCUCUAACUAUCUUCUUCUAUUUCUCUCUCUUGGAACCAAAAGAGCAUGCACAUCACAAACCAUGGAUUUAAUUACACUUUUACCCCUCCCUCGUUCCUUAAUUCACAUGCUACUGCCCCUCUAGCUCAAUCAGCACCACCACCACCACCUUCAUCUCUGAGUUCUUCUUCUCCAUGGCGGUGCCCAACGGCGUCGAAGCCGUGUUGCAGUUUCUGAGGAAAAACGGGUUGUCGGAAGCAGAGUCUGCUCUCCGACAAGACAUCAUCGAGAAGAACAUGUACGAUGAUGAUCUGGCAUCCUUUGACUAUGAAAAGUUCUUCUUCCCCAUGGUUCCGCCGCCGCCUCCGGUUAGGCUCCGGCCGUCGGAGACUCCUGCCGCCGUCGUAGACUGCUUUGAGUCCAGCUCUGCUUCGUCGGAGGACCGGUUUCUGAGCAUCGGGUCGGCUACUUCUCGUGUUUCUUCUUUAGAAUUCAUCAAUCCAUAUGGAAUCCGUUCCUCAUCUCAGACUCUGAAUGAUUCUGAAUCUUCAUCUGAUAGGUUAUCCCAAUUUGGCACGGCGCGUGAUUAUCAUGACUUUGAAAUGCAAAAUGAACCAUAUUGGUAUACUGAAAAAGAUGAAGACUUUUUCAUGACUCCUAAUUUUGAAGGGCCGGAUUUCUUCACAUGUCAAACUGAAGAUAAGUUUGUCAUGACAGCGGAAACGGAAAAUCAACAUGACAGUUCUGUGGGUUUUGAUCACAGCUAUGAGGAACUUCAAUUAGCAGGAAAUGGUUGUUACAUGGACAAGGCAUGCCUUUGUAAUCAUUCCUCUAUAGGGGAUGGGGAUGUGAUUUAUUCAAAAGGUUACUACCAUGUGGAUAACAAAGACCAGUUUGAAGGGGAAAUAGAGGGCAAGGCCGAGAAAAACACGGUUUCUUGUAAUUGCGAAGUUUCAUUUUGCAAAAGCCGUCCAGGUUCAGGAGAUUCUUAUGGCGGGGAUCCUACAAACUUCAGCUACCCUGAUUUGAAGGAAAUCCAUCUGAAUGAUUUUCAUUUGAAGCCUGCUGGGGAUAUUAACUCUGUGAAUCAAAGUUUUGACUACUACACCAAAAAUGUCACUGGUGAGGGAUACAAGGGUCCCUAUGACUUAACUAUCAAGGUUUCUGAAACGGAUCUACCAAAUGGACUUGACCCAUAUGAAACACGAGACGAUCUAGAAUUCGAUGAAGAAUGCCAUGAUCCAAAGGUUUCUUCUGUUGGAGAGGACCCAAAUGAUGAUGAGCUCUUAAAAUACAUUCAAGAGGAUGAAUAUGAAGUAUUUGACCUGAGAAUCAUACAUAGAAAGAACAGGACUGGAUUUGAAGAAAACAAGGAACUUCCCAUUGUGCUAAAUACAGUCAUGGCUGGCAGGUACUACAUAACAGAAUAUCUUGGUUCAGCCGCCUUUAGCAGGGUUGUUCAGGCUCAUGAUCUUCAGACGGGAACAGAUGUUUGCUUAAAGAUUAUUAAAAACGACAAAGACUUCUUCGACCAAAGCUUAGAUGAAAUUAAGCUUCUGAAACUUGUCAAUAAGCACGACCCAGCAGAUAAGCACCACAUAUUGCGUCUUUAUGACUAUUUCUACCAUCAGGAGCAUUUAUUCAUUGUGACGGAACUUCUGCGAGCAAACUUGUACGAGUUUCAGAAAUUCAACCAAGAAUCUGGAGGGGAAGCAUAUUUUACAUUGAACAGGUUGCAGGUCAUUACUCGUCAGUGUUUGGAGGCAUUGCAAUACUUGCAUAACUUGGGAAUUGUUCACUGUGACCUUAAACCAGAAAACAUUCUAAUCAAAAGUUACAAAAAGUGUGAGAUUAAGGUUAUUGAUCUCGGAAGCAGUUGCUUUCAAACAGACAACCUUUGUCUAUAUGUACAGUCCAGAUCCUAUCGAGCUCCAGAAGUGAUGUUAGGCCUUGAAUAUGAUGAAAAGAUCGAUAUAUGGUCUCUCGGCUGUAUUUUGGCGGAGCUAUGCUCUGGUGAAGUGCUCUUUCCAAAUGAUUCAGUCGCGCUGAUUCUUGCUCGCAUGAUUGGAAUGCUCGGUCCUAUUGAUCUGGAGAUGUUGGUGAAAGGGAAAGAAACACACAAGUACUUCACCAAAGAAUAUGAUGUUUACUACGCAAAUGAGGAGACUGAUCAACUGGAGUACAUAAUUCCAGAGGAGUCAUCAUUGGAGCAGCACCUGCAGGUCACUGAUGCUAUGUUCAUAGACUUUGUCAAAUACUUGCUUAACAUCAACCCCAAGAGGAGGCCUACAACAAAACAGGCACUGAAGCAUCCAUGGCUUUCCCAUGUUUACAAGUCCAAGUAACAUUGUUUCUCUGGUGGAAUGUUCAUCAUGAGCUUGUUUUCUGCAUACCGCGAAUCUUGCAAAUUUGCAAUCACAAUUUUGGUUUGUUCAUAAGCAACUACAAAGAGUAAAUGCAUUGUCUCAUGUUGUAUAUUUUCUUUUUCUUUUUUUCACCUGCUGAUUAAGAGUUUGUUCUUCUUUGUACAUAACUUGUGCCCAUUAUUUUUGCCUUCCAUGAACUGGGGGAUUUGAGCAUUACCAGAAUAACAUUUUGGUGUCACCCUUUACAUUCUAUCACAAGUCAGCAUAAUACAGGCGUUUCUUUA